AGUCCCCUUCGAAACGCUGCCUAUAGAAUACGACUCCUCCGCCAUUCGAAUUCUCACUCCCACUCCUCGCUUUUCUCGCCGGCGCCGUCCGCUCCCUUCUCCGAUUACUCCGUUGGUUCUCCGGCCGAUUUCUCUCUCUCCUGUCGUCGGCAGCCAUGAAAAGGUUGGAAGCACUGAACACAAUGGUAGCAUAUAUCUGGUGGGUAUUUGGAUUCUAUUUGAUUGUCAUGGGUGGUCAAGCUCUUGUGGAAGGUUCUCCCCGACUCUACUGGUUAGCAGUGAUUUUUCUAGCCUUUGAUGUGUUCUUUAUUAUCUUCUGCACCGGGAUGGCAUUUGUUGGUCUCUUUGCUGUUUGCUGCAUAAUACCAUUUCUAGCAUACGGCUAUACCAUGACAUUCCUAGAAGGUGCUUCUGAAGAUGAAAUUAGGGCACUUCCUAAGUACAGGUUUCACCAGGAUAACCCACUUGAGCCAUUUGACAGUGACAAGAAUCAAGAAAUUGGGAUGACGUUGGAGCCUGGCUUCAACGAUCAUACAACUGAACAUACUCUUCAUCCAGAGGACUCGGCAUGCUGCAUAUGCCUUGCCCAGUAUGUCCAUGGAGUUCAAUUGUGCAUGCUUCCCUGCACUCACCAUUUCCAUACUCGGUGCAUUGUCAAAUGGCUUCGAAUAAAUGCAACCUGCCCCCUCUGCAAGUUCACCAUCGGACAAGGCGAUACCUUGGUCUGAUCCAUCUUUUGAGUUGGAGCAUUCUCAAGCCCGAGAUCUCAAUGCAACAUUUACUUCUUUACAAGGAACAUGCCAAUGGAAACUACACACAGGUGAUAUGAAUCGAUCUUUUAACAUAUGUUGUUUGAGAUUGUGACAGGAGGAAAGAGUGGGGUAGAAGGGAAAUAUCUAUGUCCAAACUGUAGAUAACUUCUUUUUGUUCCCUUUUCAGAUUACUUAGGAGAACAGAGGGGGGAAUACUGUGAAUAGAAUUUAAUGCAGCAGCUACUAACUUAUUUGUUACUAAGAGACUACUACUUAGUUGAUAGUAACAUUCAGAAAAUAAAGGCAAGUAAGCCAUUUGGUUGCUCAUAACGUCUUUUCAUUUCAAUUCAAUUCUAGUUUAUUUGAGUUCAACGACAUGUGAGGGUAGGAAUUCAAACCUCCGAGUUUAUAGUCGGGGAUAUAUAUCUUAACCUGAACCAGUGCUCAAAUUGAGCGCAAUUCUAGUUUAUUUCGUAUUAUAUUUUAGAAGUUUACUAUUAUAUUUGAUUGUAGAUUGUGGAAGUGACAACCAUAUUAUAUAGUGGAUGGUUGAUUACUGUAA